AUGACACCCAAGGUCGUCAUUGUCACCGGCGCGAGCAAGGGCAUUGGGGCGGCCAUCGUAGCGUGGCUUCUGGGCCAGUCUCAUAAGGUCGUUGUCACGGCUCGCUCCGAGGCACCGCUACAGGCGCUCAAGAAGUCUCACCCAGGUCAAGUCGAGUAUCUUGCAGGCGAUAUCACGGAUCUCAGUAUGCCAGGGAAGCUUGUCGAGCUUGCAGUAAAAUCGUUUGGCAAGCUCAAUGGACUGGUUAUCAACCACAGCCUCCUUCAGAUCAACAAGCUAGGAAGUGUCUCCUUGGAGGAGGUCAAAAGGGUGUACGAUGUAAAUGUUUUUAGCGCUAUUUCUCUGAUAAAUGCUGCACUGGACGAGUUGAGGAAUACCAAUGGCUCGCUUGUUUGGGUAUCAUCUGGUGCUGCCAGCAUGUCACUUGCUGCAUGGGGUACCUAUGCUUCAUCAAAGGCCGCCGUCAACGCCAUCCUGGCUCACUAUGGGGUGGAGGAGCCGGAUGUCUCUAGUAUUGCCAUCAAUCCUGGUAUAGUCGACACAGAUAUGCAAGCUACCAUCCGCGACCAGGGCAAGGCCAGUAUGUACCAGGCAGAACAUGAAAACUUUGUUGCCGUGUUCGAAGCUGGUGGGCUCCUGAAACCCGAGCAGCCAGGUUCUGUCAUAGCAAAGCUGGCUGUUGAGCCGGCCAAGGAGCUCAGUGGAAAGUUUCUGAGCUGGGACUCUUCAGAACUGGCUGCCUUCCAGUAG